CUUCCUCAGGUCGCGUAGAAGCAGAGUGUACACGGUGGUGCGCGCUCACCUCCCCUCCACAGACAGACAGACAAUACUAUAUUCGCUCACUAUUACGACAUCUCUCCGACUGUUUGGCCGUUUACGAUUGCGACAUCGGCCGAUGGACUCUGGUGUGCAGUGCAGUAGUUGUAGUAGUAGUAAGUGUUGAUGUUGCGCGUCGCGAUGAUGGACACCUCCGGCGUUGAUUCGGCCAGCGACCACAGCAGCAACGCGUCGUCCGGAUCGCCCGCAGCUGUCAAACCGUCCCCCUCACCGCCUCAUAACAACAACAUCUCAUCGAACAACCACAAUCACCACGGCCACAACCAUCACCAGGUGCUUAGCCCGAGGCAGGCGAGUCCUCUGGGCCCGCCGCCCAUGUCGAUGGCCCACACUCUGAGCCCGCCGCCCGUCUCUUCGGCCAGCUUGGCUCGCAGUAUGGCUCUGGGUCAUCUGCCGCCCCCAGGCUUGGGGCUUCUCAACUCUCUGGGGGUCCUCCACAGUCCUCUGGACCUGAUGGCACACCACGCUCCUCCGCGAUCCUACAACAGCCCGCCGCCGAUCUCCACCUCCGAUCCGACCGCCAACGAGUGCAAGUUAGUCGAUUAUCGUGGACAAAAAGUGGCGGCCUUCAUCAUAGCCGGGGACACUAUGUUGUGCCUUCCGCAGGCUUUUGAACUCUUCCUAAAGCAUCUGGUGGGCGGUCUGCACACGGUUUAUACGAAGCUGAAGCGCUUGGACAUCGUCCCCUUGGUAUGCAACGUGGAGCAGGUCAGGAUCCUAAGAGGUCUCGGGGCUAUUCAGCCGGGGGUCAAUAGGUGCAAGCUUCUCUCCUGCAAGGACUUCGACACACUCUACAGGGAUUGUACGACAGCCAGUUCCAGGCCCGGUCGUCCGCCAAAAAGGGCUCCCGUAGGGCUGAGUUUAGCCGCCUCCCAUUUACAGCACCAGCAGCUCAAAAAACAACGGAUGGAUAACGGGGAAUAUCCAUACGAAAACGGACACAUGGGUGAUAUAUCUAGGCUGGAGAAGUCGCCUUUACUAGCGAACGGAUACAACCAUCCACCACAUCUAAGUCACAUGCAGUUUAUGCAACUCCCGCAUCCGGCUGCGGCACAUUCUGCUCUUUUGUCGCCCGCCAUGCCGCACAAUUUGACCAGACACGACGGAUCCGUUAUCAAAAAUCAAGGAAUGCCUACAAUGGAAGCAAUUGCGAGGUCUGGAAUAUGGGAAAAUUGCAGAGCAGCCUACGAAGAUAUCGUCAAACAUUUGGAAAGGUUACGGGAAGAAAGGUGUGAUCCCGAUAGACCAUUACCUUUGGAACAGAAACCUAGAGAUCUCAGUCCUAGAAAUGAUUGGCGAUAUAAGACUUUCAAUAAUUCGUCAAGUUGGUAUAAUGAAGUAUCACCCAUAGAGCACAGUCCCGUUCUCAACUUAUCAAAAAGCGGAGGCGGCAGUGCGGGUUCUCUUGGAGAUGCUGACCAUUCUGAGAGUGAGGCUGAUGGACCAGAUGUUCCUCCUUCUCCCAGAUCGCCAAGGUCGGCUGCCGAAGACGAAGAAGACGAUAACAUAUCCGACCCGGAGGAUGAGGACGAGAAGGACCAAGACAUGGACGACGGCGACCUCCCUCUGCCGGCUGCCCCGGGAAGCGAUUCGCAGCAAGCUGCCCUAAACUACUCCACCCUAGCAAGCGCAGUGGCGUCCGCGAACGGCCCCAGCCAAGACCCGAGCAUCUCUUCCACGGAAACCCUGCUGAGAAAUAUACAGGGUCUUCUGAAAGUCGCAGCCGACAACGCCAGGCAGCAAGAAAGACAAAUCAACUACGAAAAAGGUACAAAUAGCAACAUGGUGUAUCUCCUUUCGCUAGCGCAAUAUUACAUGUACUUGGCGGCGACGCAGAAAUGUUGAGAUUUUUUUUAAUUUUUGUCAUUCAAGACUGUACAUAUUUAUUGAAAUUUGCUAGAAAUAUCGACGAUCGUUAUAGUAGAUUAUUGUAUAAAAAUGUUUAAUAG